AUGAAUCUGCGGUCUCUGCGCUGUCUCUCCUCCAGACUCGGAGGAGCUCUGAACGUGUUUGACAGGAGCAUGAAGCGCAAGCAGAAGCAGUGGGCUUCAUCUUUAUUAGACAGCGACAAAUACGAUUACCUCCGAGACGAGGUGGGGAGCAGAGUGGCAGACAGAGUUUAUGAUGUCUCAAGGACUUUCCCUCUGGCUCUGGAUGUAGGAUGUGGGAAGAGUCACAUCGCUGAACAUUUGAGUAAGGACAUUGUUGAGCAUCUCUUUUUAACAGACGUUUCAGACUCUUCCCUGAGAAAUAGGAGGAAAUGUGAGAUUCCUAGUCACUGUGUUUUGGCAGAUGAGGAGUUCCUGCCAUUUAAAGAGAACACGUUUGACCUAGUGCUCAGCAGCCUGAGUUUGCACUGGAUCAAUGAUCUUCCUGGAGCUUUGAGACAGAUCCACCAGGUGUUGAAGCCGGACGGCGUGUUCAUCGGAGCAGUGGUCGGCGGUGAGACGCUGUACGAGCUGCGAUGUUCUCUGCAGUUAGCCGAGCUGGAGAGGGAGGGCGGCUUUGCGCCCCAUAUAUCACCCUACACAGCCGUCACUGACCUGGGCAACCUGCUGGGCCAGGCCGGCUUCAGCAUGCUCACUGUGGACACUGAUGAAGUUCAGGUCAAUUAUCCUGGUAUGCUGGAGGUCGUGAGGGAUUUACAAGGUAUGGGUGAAAGCAACUGUGCAUGGAACAGGAAGCCACUUCUACACAGAGACACUAUUCUAGCGGCAGCUGCCAUUUAUAAAGAGAUGUAUGGCAAUGAAGACGGCUCAGUUCCAGCCACAUUUCAGAUCCUUUACAUGAUUGGCUGGAAGCCUCAUGAGUCUCAGGCGAAACCAGCAAAAAGGGGGUCGGCGAAUAUCUCGUUUGCUGAUCUGUCAAGUUUAAACAAACUUCAGAAAACCAACGAAAAAUCCUAG